AUGACCGGGUUGGGUGCCGCGUAUGAUCACGUUGUGUGGUUGUAAGCAAUCUUUCUCGGGUAAUUGUAAUUGUAAACACUUCAGAAAACGUGGUGUACUUGACCCCAGCUAGGAGACUUCACACCAGUGGUGUGUUCGAGAAACAUCCACAAACACAAGAUCACCAUGGCUCAAACCCGACUGGAAAAAAUUGGAACCAUCUUUACGAGGGUAUCAGGCUUGAUUCGGUCAGGCUCGAUGCACAGGGACGAUCGGCCGCUUUGGUAUGACGUCUACGAGGCGUUCCCUCCCCGUCUGGAGCCGCGGUUCGACCGGCCUGUCAAGGCCGUACCAGUCAGGCCGAUUUUCUACCAGGAAGACGCCGUACGAGCCCGGUUCCAGCGCGAGUUCGGCUCGCCGGGCGUGCUGCGUCUGCGCGGCUCGCCGGACGGCCAGCCGGCGAGCGUCUGCGACGAGUUCGUGGAGCGGUGCGACGCGCUGCGCCGCGCCGCGCCCGCCUCGUCCGAGGACGAGCUGUUCGAGGCGGCGGCGGACGCGUUGCGGGCGGAGGGUGUGAAACUGGGGCGCUCCGCGGGUGGCGAGAGCCAGGCCCCGCCGCCGCCGGCGGCACCGGCGCUCCGCGUGGCCGACCUGUUCGAGGAGCAGCGCCCCUCGGGCAGCUGACCGCGCCGCUCAGCCGGCCCGGAGGGGUUCAUCGGGACGACCGCAGGGGCUGGCAAGCAAGAACCGCCUGCCGCGGCGGCUGCAUCGGUCUCGUGGAUUAGCGAUAUCAUUUUGUGUUUGUAAAUAUAAAAACAUGAUGAGUGCAUUUAAGUGUGAUGUAUAUUCUGAAGCCUGUCAUGGCCCAGAUAAUUUGAUUUGUGCUGGAGACUGAUGGUGUUCAGUUUAAUGAUGAGAGGCACUUUUGCUUUCAGUAAAUCCAACAGAAAAAGUGCUGGGGAA